GAUUGUUGUUGGGGGAAGAAGCAGGGUUGGGUCCACGGAAUUUCAUACAGAGCCAGUUUUCUGCAACUGCGGCUGUUCCACGCAUUUCUUUAGCUAUUUCAUAUAAACAGGAGAUCGAGGCACAUGCAGCGCUUAUUUUUUUUAACGAGUAGCUAGCUAGUGGGGGGGGGUUGAACCAAUUUAAAGCAGGGUCGGUAACCUAGCUAGCUCGUGCAUUCAUUUUUGACGAAGGCAGAUAGAGUGCGAAUGACGAGAACGCAUUAGCCAGUAUUAGCUAAACUAGUUUUCAAUAGGUAACCUGAAAUAUAACCAGACAUGGACGACAAGUCAUUCACUAAGGAAUUGGAUGGGUGGAUUGAGCAACUCGGCGAAUGCAAGCAGCUCUCGGAAAACCAAGGUCAAAGCCCUUUGCGAGAAGGUAAUUUUAACCCAUUUAAUUCGUAUGAUCUUGCAAGCCCUUAGCAAAUAUUAGCUAAGCUAGUUUGCCGGCUAUGUUAAGCAACUAUCUUAAAUUGCUCAUUGGUCCGAGCACGGUUCAUUUCUCCACCGGCUUUUGUAUGUUACUGCUAGUUAGUUAGCUAGUUAGUUACUUCCCUACUAGUUAGUUACUAACUAGCAGUAACUAGCUAGCUACAUUAUUCAGAAAAUGGCGGCGGAGCUGCCUAUUGCCAUUGCAUUCACUGUGGGGUUGGCAGACAUGCAUUGACUGAGUAGCAUUGAUGUUGAAUUUUUAUAUGAAUGUGUUUGGAAGUUUCAGCUUGAUAUCCUUGCUGUUCUUACGCGCCGUUCUGGCUUGUUGCAUUUGAAUUUCCAAGUGUGCCCCUUCGGUAUCAACUACUGUAUAUAGUUGGAGCUUAAAAAUAUGCAUCAUAUGCAUACAUUUUAUAAAUACUCAAACAAGAAAUAACAUACACACACCCAAACUCCCGCAGUUCCCCUCUGUAUCCCUGAUUUCCCCCAUCCUCUGUCUAAAUCCCUAACCCCAAACUCUUCUGUCUCCUCUCCAGGCCAAAGAGAUCCUGACGAAGGAGUCUAACGUGCAGGAGGUGAGAUGUCCGGUCACCGUGUGCGGAGAUGUCCACGGCCAGUUCCAUGACUUGGUGGAGUUGUUUAAAAUCGGAGGGAAGUCUCCGGACACCAACUACCUCUUCAUGGGAGACUAUGUGGACAGGGGCUACUACUCUGUAGAGACAGUCAGCCUCCUGGUAUCUCUCAAGGUAAACAUAGCCACAUGUUUUAGAGCAGGGAAGGGCAACUUUAAUGGGGCCCCCCCCAUUUUUUUUGUUGAAUUAAUCAUGAGUGGCUUUGCCUGAGGACUCAAACUGAAUUCUUCCGCUGCUCUAUCAUUCGCUACAUACUUCAGUCUGAGACUGCCAUCAUUGAAGUCGUUUGUGGUGAUGUCAAAAUGAGAGGUGUUGUACAAAACAAAGCGAUUGGAUAAUCAGCGAUUGGAUAAUCUCUAACCAAUCAGAGUAGCAAAGCCAAUGACACAUUUUCAAACCUCCGCCUUACCCACUUGUGUUCUGGCCCAACCCAUCGAUUUCUGGGACCAGUCAGAACAGUUAGAAUGUUUUUCCAUUCUAGAAAUUGUUGUGGAGGUACUCAGAUCCAGACUCAUUGCAGAGGAAAACUAAUGUUUGUGGGCGUGGCGUUUGCCCGGAGCAAGGAGUUUGGGUAGCCAGGCAAGCAGUAGCUUGCGGCUCUGCAUACCCACAUCCAUACCCACAUCCAUACCCACACAUGUAGUCCGAGCCGGCCCUAGCCUUUUGGAGGACCUAAGUAACAUUUUGUUGCGAGCAAAACCUUUUCGCUGCCCCCUCUUGACAGCGGAGAGAAAUUUCCUGCAGUUCUACACAUUUUGUGUAGAGAAAAUGUUGCAGUUUUUAAAGUAAGUUUGCUGCAAUUCUACACAUUUUGCCAUGGGGUGGACAGAAAUGUUAGCAGUUUUUGAUAUGUUAUCUGAGUGAGCGUGACUAAGAAAAUCUAUUAGGGCCCCCAUUCGGCAAUUCGACCGUGAUUACUACAAGUUAGCCUAGCAUUUUAUAGUUAGUCUAGCCCGCUAACUUACCCAUUUAAACAUUUUUAGCUGACAUAGGCUAAUUGAGUGACUGACAUAAGACAACAACUGCUGAAGCACGACCACAUGUUUUUUUUAUUGCACCUUGUGUAUUCAGCUAUUUUAAUUAUCGACAGUAAGUGAGAGUGAGUUCCUAAAAAAUUUUUAUAUGCAUUUUAUGAGGGGGGAUCGAUCCGUGGGCCUACAAAAUGACUGUGGGCUGCCAGUUGCCCAUCCCCGUUUUAGUGUACUCUAAAAUAGCUUUGUCCGAUUCCUCUCAUAAAUUCAAGUCAAAUGUUAUUUGUCACAGGGGCCGAAUACAACCGGUGUAGACCUUACAGUGAAACGCUUACUUACAAGCCCUUAACCAACAAUGCAGUUUUAAGAAAAAUAAGUGUUAAGUAAAAAAUAGAUAAAUAAAAAUAACUAACCAUUUUUAAAGAGCAGCAGUAAAAUUAUUGCUAAAAGAUAUUGCUUAGUUAGUUUAUUUUGCACAGGGACAAACAGCAACAAGGUUAAAACUCAAAUGGGUAGAGGAGGACCGUAAGUCUACAGGGAGAACAGGACAGCCUACUGAUAUAACACAGGAUAACAUUUACUGCUGCUACUGUAAAUGUCAUCGUCAACCUUAAACCAUGUCUGGUUUGACAUGAGAACAGAAGGUCACUGUGAAUGUAAUAUGUGUGUUUUUAUGCGCUUUUUGUCCCAUCCAGAGAUGUGUUAAUAAUUUUUUGUUUUUCAGGUUAGGUACCGUGAGCGAAUCACAAUCCUUCGAGGGAACCACGAGAGCAGACAGAUCACCCAGGUGUACGGCUUCUACGACGAGUGUUUGAGGAAAUACGGAAACGCCAACGUCUGGAAGUACUUCACAGACUUAUUUGACUAUCUGCCCCUCACUGCCCUGGUAGAUAACCAGGUGAGAUAUUCGUUUUUAAAGGUGCAUUAUGCAGAAAUCGUUCCGCCGCUUCCUGGUUGCUAAAAUUCUAAUUUGCCUCAUUUCAGUUUGACAAAACCAGCGGUCAUUGUGUGGAGAAUCAUCGUACCAUCUGAACCGCUGUGAAAUAUAUUUUCCAUAACCCAAAAUAUUGUAUUUUCAACUGUUUGAAGCUGGUGUACAAAACCGACAGCAGUAAAAGACGCACAAACAAAACUUAAGAACGUAAAGCAUAGAAAUAGUGCACAUAGAACAGAUCUACCGCUUCUUAGACUUGGUUUCAAUGAGAAUGACAGAUCUAUAAUACACAUUUCUAUGUGAAUUUGGUCAGGUCGCCCAAAAAGUGACAUAUUGCAGCAUUAAUGUAUCACAUAUUUAUUUUAUUUAUUUAUUAGUGGAAGCAUUACACAAGUGUCUUUGAUUGGGUCCUUGAAGAGCGCUAUAUAAAACGAAUAUAUUAUUAGUAUCACUGUUGUUAUGAAGUAGAGAGGAGAUUCAGCAACACGGAGGCCAAUGGAAUUCAAUAAAAAGCAUAUUUAUUGCUAAAAGUAGAACCAACGCGUUUUGGCUUUUGGCCUUCAUCAUGGUUUUUGAUGAAGGUCAAAAGCCGAAACGUGUUGGUUCUACUUUUAGCAAUAAAUAUGCUUUUUAUUGAAUUCCAUUGUCCUCAGUGUUGCUGAAUCUCCUCUCUCUCCUUCAGUUUGCUCCUCAAUUCGUGCACCUUGGUUGGAAAGCGAGGCAGCGGAAGGGAUCCCUUCCCUGUUAUUACGUAACCAUGCAAUUCAGCAGCAAUGUGCUGUACAAUACAGAUGUUAGAAGACAUUUACAACCCAACACAAUGUUCAUGUGCAUCUAUUACUGAUUUGUUUACAGCAAUAACACAAUGUUAGAUGGAAUUUUUAAAAGCCUUGUUCUAACAAUCACACAUAUUUGACAUGGAAAUGUCUAAUUGACUUGUUGUUCCUCUGCAGAUCUUCUGUCUCCACGGUGGGUUGUCCCCCUCAAUAGACACACUGGAACACAUCCGAGCGCUGGAUCGCUUACAGGAGGUUCCUCAUGAGGUCAGCUCACUUCCACGUUCCUAGAAACCACGUCCAAUCUUCAUACUACCGUGCUAGUUAGAAUGCAUGCCCAAUGUGUUGUUUCAUAGGAUUGACUUACUUGACUUAAACCUCUUGGCCCCCUUGGGAGCGUAGGGCGUCAACCAUUUGCUCUCCACCUCACUCACUUCUGUGAGAGGGCUUUUGCCUCUAGCCAAGAGAUCCCUGCUUUGUUCAGUUCUUGUAGAGUGCAGUGUCUCCAGUUGUGUAGCUCAGUUGAUAGAGCAUGGCGCUUGCAACGCCAGGGUUGUGGGUUCGUUUCCCACGGGGGGCCAGUGUGAAAAUUUAUGCACUCACUAACUGUAAGUCGCUCUGGAUAAGAGCGUCUGCUAAAUGACUAAAAUGUAAAAUAGUAUGCUGGUGUGGCUAUUGAACCAAAGGCUGAAAGCCCUGACAUUGUAUAUCAGAUAGUUAAUCUGUUCCAUGGACUUCUGGCCAACUAGUCACUACUCAUCUCACAGUUGUAAUGUGCGUACACAAAACGCCUUCAAUAAAGUCACAUCAUGUGGUGACGCUCCAAGUGUUGCAGCCUGACCUCACCAAUAUGGCCACCUUAUUCAAAUCAUGUGGUGUUCACAGUAUUGUUGACCUUACUAACAUGGCCACCGUCUCCCUCCCCCAGGGUCCGAUGUGUGAUCUGCUGUGGUCAGACCCUGAUGACCGUGGUGGCUGGGGCAUCUCUCCCCGCGGUGCCGGCUACACCUUUGGACAGGACAUCUCAGAGACCUUCAACCAUGCUAACGGACUCACCCUGGUCUCCAGAGCUCACCAGCUGGUCAUGGAGGUACAUUGGCACAUUUAAGUACUGAUAAAAAACAAACAAAAAAACAAUGAAGACUUUCUCUUGUCUUUGCAUUAUGUUAUGUUUUAGACAGUUUUGCAAAACUUGCACUUUGUCUUGUUCGGGGAUGUACCUCUGGUUUACUGAAUGUUUGUUUUGGCAGGGUUAUAACUGGUGCCAUGAUCGUAACGUAGUGACCAUCUUCAGUGCACCCAAUUACUGCUAUCGCUGUGGAAACCAGGCCGCCAUCAUGGAGCUGGAUGACACACUCAAGUACUCCUUGUAAGUAUUCACUUCAAAAUAAGUGUUUACUUCAAAAUAAGUGUUUACUUCAAAAUAAAAGUAUUCACUUCAGAAUAAAAGUAUUCACUUCAGAAUAAAAUUCCAGUUGACAAUGCUUUACCUGUAGCUUUGUUAAACUCCAAACAUUGGAAAUUGUUACGAGUAGAUAAGAAAAGGAAGCUUGCUAACUCAUUUGUCUUGAUUGAUGAAAUGAAGUGAAGCCUGUAUUAGAUCUCAAAUCGCUCCGAGGCGUCAUAUCAGACUCUUUGUUUCUAUUCCAGCCUUCAGUUCGACCCCGCCCCUCGCAGAGGAGAACCCCAUGUGACCCGCCGCACUCCUGACUACUUCCUGUAAAAGAUCCCAAUGCCUGUAAAGUAUUGCUAUAGAUUCUUUUUAGUCAACGUGAAGAAGAAGAAGGUGAAAGUGGGAGAAGGGAGCAACCGACCAUCGGAGUUGUGACAAAUUAAGCAUCCAUCAAUCCAUGGACCAAAAAUGUGUGCCAUCAUUUCACAAUGCAAAAUGGAAAAAAUGUCACAUUCAUCUUUUAAAGAAGACUACACAACCUACACCCACCACAGUCCUUGGAACCAGUUCCUACUCUCUCGCUCUGUGCAUGAUGUUGUAUUUAUCUCUGAAAAUGAUUCUUCAUUGUAAAGAUUACAGUGGACUAUAUAGGGAUAGGGUGCCAUUUUGGAAGCAGACGGUCUCACAUUACCUGCUGGUUUUGUCAGGAAAAAUAUCUGCUUUGAAUUAAUUAAUCUGCUGAGAUGAAUGCUUAAAUGUAACCCUUGUGUAAGGAACUUAAUUAUAAUAUAGAAAGGUUCACCAAAACUAAACUCGGUAUGGCCUCAAACUGGAAGGUUGCAGUAAACAUUAUGAUAUGUUGUGAACAUUUUUUUUGUGUGUGUGUGAAUUGAAAUCAUUGUUUUCAGGGUUGGUUGGGCGCUGGAUGUAAUUGAAUUCUUCUUUCUCUUUGCACUUUUGUAUUUAAUUUUUAUCACGACACUGACAAAGUACAGUGUUCUGUUUUACAGUGCAUUCGGAAAGUAUUCA